AUGGUGAAUCCGUUGUGGUAUGGUGUUGGAUUGUCAUCCACUCUUGCACGGACAUUCAACGAGGUGCUCAGGAGGAGUGGUAUGAAGCACAGGCCCACCGCACAGGCGGCGACGCGUUUUCGAGAGCACUGUUUAGGCAUUGCGACGUUGGAGCGUUCGGGCCUGUGUGUUGCGCGACAUGGUGAAUCCGUUGUGGUAUGGUGUUGGAUUGUCAUCCACUCUUGCACGGACAUUCAACGAGGUGCUCAGGAGGAGUGGUAUGAAGCACAGGCCCACCGCACAGGCGGCGACGCGUUUUCGAGAGCACUGUUUAGGCAGUGCGACGUUGGAGCGUUCGGGCCUGUGUGUUGCGCGACAUGGAGGAGUGGUAUGAAGCACAGGCCCAACGCACAGGCGGCGACGCGUUUUCGAGAGCACUGUUUAGGCAGUGCGACGUUGGAGCGUUCGGGCCUGUGUGUUGCGCGACAUGGUGAAUCCGUUGUGGUAUGGUGUUGGAUUGUCAUCCACUCUUGCACGGACAUUCAACGAGGUGCUCAGGAGGAGUGGUAUGAAGCACAGGCCCAACGCACAGGCGGCGACGCGUUUUCGAGAGCACUGUUAAGACAGUGCGACGUUGGAGCGUUCGGGCCUGUGUGUUGCGCGACAUGGCGGCGACGCGUUUUCGAGAGCACUGUUAAGACAGUGCGACGUUGGAGCGUUCGGGCCUGUGUGUUGCGCGACAUGGUGAAUCCGUUGUGGUAUGGUGUUGGAUUGUCAUCCACUCUUGCACGGACAUUCAACGAGGUGCUCAGGAGGAGUGGUAUGAAGCACAGGCCCAACGCACAGGCGGCGACGCGUUUUCGAGAGCACUGUUUAGGCAGUGCGACGUUGGAGCGUUCGGGCCUGUGUGUUGCGCGACAUGGUGAAUCCGUUGUGGUAUGGUGUUGGAUUGUCAUCCACUCUUGCACGGACAUUCAACGAGGUGCUCAGGAGGAGUGGUAUGAAGCACAGGCCCAACGCACAGGCGGCGACGCGUUUUCGAGAGCACUGUUAAGACAGUGCGACGUUGGAGCGUUCGGGCCUGUGUGUUGCGCGACAUGUGCGACGUUGGAGCGUUCGGGCCUGUGUGUUGCGCGACAUGGUGAAUCCGUUGUGGUAUGGUGUUGGAUUGUCAUCCACUCUUGCACGGACAUUCAACGAGGUGCUCAGGAGGAGUGGUAUGAAGCACAGGCCCAACGCACAGGCGGCGACGCGUUUUCGAGAGCACUGUUAAGACAGUGCGACGUUGGAGCGUUCGGGCCUGUGUGUUGCGCGACAUGGUGGCGACGCGUUUUCGACAGCACUGUUAAGACAGUGCGACGUUGGAGCGUUCGGGCCUGUGUGUUGCGCGACAUGGUGAAUCCGUUGUGGUAUGGUGUUGGAUUGUCAUCCACUCUUGCACGGACAUUCAACGAGGUGCUCAGGAGGAGUGGUAUGAAGCACAGGCCCAACGCACAGGCGGCGACGCGUUAUCGACAGCACUGUUUAGACAGUGCGACGUUGGAGCGUUCGGGCCUGUGUGUUGCGCGACAUGGUGAAUCCGUUGUGGUAUGGUGUUGGAUUGUCAUCCACUCUUGCACGGACAUUCAACGAGGUGCUCAGGAGGAGUGGUAUGAAGCACAGGCCCAACGCACAGGCGGCGACGCGUUAUCGACAGCACUGUUUAGACAGUGCGACGUUGGAGCGUUCGGGCCUGUGUGUUGCGCGACAUGGUGA